GUUAUUUAAAAAUUCUAAGGAAUAUGGCAAGAAAAAUAAAUUUUUUGAUAUUUUUGCUAUAUUUUAGCAUCUUUGGCAAAGCUAGUGGGACUCAUCAAGAGAAACGACCAAAAGAAGGCCGUUUAGAAAUUGUUCAGAGUGGUAAAGGAACCACAGAAUGAGUUGAUGCCAUUAGGUAUUCAUUCACUCCUGAGGGAACUCCAAUCCAAAUGAAUAUGUUUAUGCAAUCUGGAAGAGGUCUUAAUCAGCCUGGGAAUGAAGAAAGCUGUCAUAAUUUCCCUCAUACAAGAUAUGUUAUUUUGACUAUUCAAAAUAUGCCAAGUGUUCAUAUGCUUGGAUUUUGAGCGCCUAUUCAAUGUGACUCCGAAGAAGAUUUUACAGGGUUUAAACAGUGGGCUGAUCGGCAAUUGAAAGAUUUAGGAUUCGAAGAUGCUGAAUUAUCAGUUUCGUUCCCAUUUGAUGAUGCUCUAUCUCCAAAUGUGGGAACAUGGGCCACGAUUGCAUUAUUCUGAGUUAUUAUCUUACUUUGACUUGGAGGGAUAUUUGCUGAGACUACUUCAAUUCUGGAUAAGUCUGGAGCAGAUCCCUCAAAUAAAAAGGAAGCUAAUCUUAAUUUCUUUGGGUUAUUUCUGUACAAAUUCUCUUUGAUAAACAACACUGACAAGCUUUUCACCAUAGACCAGAAGAUGGAUUCUGGUAUGAAAGUAAUGUGUGGACUCAGAGCCUUGUCAAUCUCAUGGAUAAUGCUGUAUCAAGUCUAUUUCUUCUAUAGGAUUCCUUUCAUCAACACUCAGACUGCUUCUCAAAAUCUUUCAAAUUGGAUUGAUAAUUUAGCACCAUCAGGUCUCUUUGGAGUGGAUAUCUUUUUCCUCGUAGCUGGUUUCACUCAUAUCUAUCAGUUGACAACUAAGAUGUAUGGGAAGAGAUUUGUGAACUAUCCGCUUGUAGUACUCAAUAAAUAUUUGGAGUUCACAAUUCCUCUUGGAUUCACCAUGUUGUUUACCCUGUUUAUUUUACCCCAUCUUGGAAGUGGGGCUAGGUUUGCUGAAAUCACGAGUUUCCCAAAAUGAGAGAGAUACUGGUGGACAACUCUGACGUAUAUUAACCCUGUAUGGCCAUGGGCUUUUGAAGAUAUCUGCCUCGAUUGGACUUGGUACCUCUCCAAUGAGUUUUUCUUCUUUCUCUUUUGACCAUUCUUGGCUUUCAUUUACUGAAAAAAUCGAAAAGUUGGUUACAUCGUGAUCAUUUUGGCAAUAAUUGGGAAUGUUAUUUUGAACAUGGUAAUGACUAAAAUUUUAGGCCUAGGAAUCCUAAUGACGGCAGAUUCUGAAUAUGAUUUUUGGACUUAUAUGUUUGGUAAACCAUGGAACAACUUUGCUCCUUAUGGCAUUGGUGCAAUCUUUGGACUGUUCUACUUUGAGUAUAAGAAUCAAGACUCUCAUGAACAUUUGACGGAGGCUGUAGGGACAAAAGUAUAUGGAUCAUUUCAUAAACGAAGAAUUCUGAGCACACUCUGAUUCAUUAUUGGAGUUUUUAUCUCAUUAUUCUGGUUGUUUAUUCAACAUAGUUUUCUCCAAGGAAAUUUAGAAAUCAAUCCAUGGCCACCAGCUGCAAAUAUGAUCUUUAAUGGUUUUAGUAGUAUGGCUUUUGUCCUUGGAGCAAUGCUGAUGAUUCUCCCUACUUUUGAAGGGAGAAUUUCUUGGUACAAAAGUUUCAUGGGGUCUGACUUCAUGGUAGUAGGUGCAAAAUUAGAAAAUUUUACCUACCUCUUACAUAUGCCUGUGAUCCUUUUCUUCUUUGCAGAUUUUAGACAUGGUGAAUGGAGUAAUUUCUUCAAUGCUGUAGUGGCUACAAGUGCUAUCGUCCCAACAGCAUUCCUUGUGAGUAUACCGUUUACUCUCUGAUGAGAGAUUCCUUUUAUGAAUCUCCAGAAAUUUCUGCUGAUGCCUAAAGAAGAUGCUAAAAGUGACCAACAGGUUAAUGACGCACUACAAAAUAGAGAGUCACUAUACGAGAAAUAAUAGUCUGUAAUAUUCUAUCAUGAAGUGUAUUUUUGAUUUCAGACCUCAUCAGUAUUUCAAUU